CAUGAAGGGAGAGGCUCAGUAAGAAUGUGUCUUUUGUGAAAAUGUGACAUAUCGUGUGGCACACGCCCUGAGGAAGCAGUUGAGAAGUUAAACCGGACAGGGAGACACGUUCAGUGUUGAUUUAUAUCGCAAAGAAUUAAUCAAAAAUGGCAGACCUGUGGGAAGACUUGCAAAGUAUAGCGAAUGCUGCUCCUGUUUCAUUCACAUCAGCGGCAGGGGAGAGAGGUACCAUUAAAGCCAAAUCUGACUUCAACGUCAGUGAAGAUGUUGCUGCUCUCCGUAAAGCAAUUGAAGGCAUAGGUACAACUGAGAAGACACUGAUAGACAUAUUGACUCACAGGAGCAGCAGUCAGAAACAGGCUAUUUCAAGGGCAUAUGAAGAAACCACAAAGAGGAUUUUUGUAAAUGACUUGAAAGGCGACACCAGGGGCGACUUUGAAAAUCUGCUUGUUGCGCUCGCCAGAACGCCUGCACUCAAUGAUGCUAAAUGGCUAAUCAAAGCAAUGAAAGGGGCUGGAACGGACACCAACGUCCUGAUAGAAAUACUUGCCUCACGGACAAAUAAACAGAUCAAGGAGCUGUCUGCCGCAUAUUCUGAGAUAACAAAGAAAACGCUGACACAGAACCUAAAGACAGAGGUUUCAGGGGAUUUUGGCAAAGCCAUCCUUCUGCUUGCUGAGGGCGCAAGGGAUGAAAGCACCAGUGUAAAUGCAGACAAGGCUAGAGAGGAUGCAAAGGCCCUCUAUCAAGCAGGCGAGAAGAGACUGGGAACUGAUGAGUCCAAGUUUAUUGAGAUCCUCUGUAAAAGGAGCAUCCCUCACCUGAGACAAACAAUAUUGGAAUAUAAAAACAUCAGUGGCAAGACUUUGCAGAAGAGCAUUGAGAAGGAAAUGUCUGGAAAAUUGGAGGAUCUGCUGGUUGCCAUUGUAAAGUGUGUGAUGAGUACUCCUGCAUACUUUGCUGAAAAACUCUACAAAAGCAUGAAGGGAGCAGGCACAGAUGAAAAAACUCUGACCAGAGUAAUGGUCAGCCGUGGAGAGCUUGACAUGCUGGACAUCAGAGCUGAAUUCAAGAAGCUCUAUAAAAACUCACUCUACAAGGAAAUAAGUUCUGACGUGUCUGGCGACUACGGUGACUGCUUGAAGAUGAUUUGUGGAGGUGAUGACUAACCCAGAAAUGCUACUAAAGAUGUCUUGUUUGGUUAUUUUGCAAUGUCUGUUAAAUGAAUACAUAUAAAUGAAAUGUAAUUUUAAAGCUUUUUCAAAAAAUACAGUUUGUGUAGCUGUUUUACUGCAGGUAAAGGCACAGGGUAAAAUUCAUAUUGAUUCUGUUUUUUUUUUUUUGUCUAAAUUACUCAUAAGGUUAAAUUACUUAAUGGCAAGGGAAAAGCUGAUAGCCAACAUUAUUUAGAACAUUGCAAUGUUGGAAUUUUGAUAAAAAAUCUGAUAAAAACAAUAAAGAAAUUACUAUGAA